ACGGAGGCCCUGGAGGGAGGAGGUGAGGCGGCUUCGGCCCGCGGCUGCUACCGGGGCCCACCGCUUCAGCUCGUCCCCUCCCCCACAGCGCUGGCGGAGGACUUGGCCUCCGGCCCCAGCCAUGGCUGCCGAAGGCAGUAAGCAGUUCUGGAAACGGAGCGCGAAGCUGCCGGGCAGCAUUCAGCCUGUUUACGGUGCUCAACACCCUCCUCUGGAUCCCCGGCUCACCAAGAACUUCAUUAAAGAACGUUCCAAGGUUAAUGCGCUGCCCAUGAAGAAUAAGAAGGCCAGCAGUUUUCAUGAGUUUGCCCGUGACACCAGUGAUGCUUGGGACAUUGGGGAUGAUGAAGAUGAGGACUUCUCAUCUUUCCAGACCUUGAACUCUAAGGUGGCCAGGGCCACAGCAGCGCAGGUGCUUGAGAACCACAGCAGACUGCGUGUGAAACCUGAGCGACCUCAGGCAGCUCUGAGUGAAGUACCAACCAACUGCAAAGUUAUCAAGUCUAAUAGUGAAGUCCAGCUGUCCAGAAUGCCUGAGGAUGCCUGUAUGCGCAAUCCACUCCACAAACAACAAUCCCUCCCACUCCGGCCCAUCAUUCCACUUGUUGCUCGCAUCUCUGACCAAAAUGCUUCAGGGGCUCCUCCCAUGACUGUGCGUGAGAAAACUCGCCUAGAGAAAUUCCGGCAGCUACUAUCCAGCCACAACACAGACCUAGAUGAACUGAGGAAAUGCAGCUGGCCUGGUGUCCCCAGAGAAGUUCGGCCUGUGACAUGGCGACUUUUAUCGGGUUAUCUCCCUGCCAACAUGGAGCGGAGGAAACUGACCUUGCAGCGCAAACGAGAGGAGUAUUUUGGCUUUAUUGAGCAGUAUUAUGACUCUAGAAAUGAGGAACACCAUCAAGAUACAUACCGGCAGAUACAUAUAGACAUUCCACGGACGAAUCCCCUGAUUCCUCUAUUUCAGCAGCCGCUAGUUCAGGAGAUCUUUGAACGAAUCCUGUUUAUUUGGGCCAUCCGACACCCAGCCAGCGGCUACGUACAGGGGAUUAAUGACCUGGUCACUCCAUUCUUUGUCGUGUUCCUCUCUGAAUAUGUUGAAGAAGAUGUGGAGAACUUUGAUGUUACAAACCUCUCUCAGGAUGUGCUACGGAGCAUUGAAGCUGACAGCUUUUGGUGUAUGAGCAAACUACUGGAUGGGAUACAGGAUAACUACACAUUUGCACAGCCAGGGAUCCAAAAGAAAGUCAAAGCACUGGAGGAACUCGUCAGCCGAAUCGAUGAGCAGGUACACAAUCACUUUAGGAAGUAUGAAGUGGAAUACCUGCAGUUUGCCUUUCGCUGGAUGAACAAUUUACUGAUGAGGGAGCUUCCUCUUCGCUGUACUAUUCGCCUUUGGGAUACAUACCAGUCUGAGCCAGAGGGAUUCUCUCAUUUCCAUUUAUAUGUCUGUGCUGCAUUCUUGAUUAAGUGGCGGAAAGAGAUCUUGGAUGAAGAGGACUUCCAGGGCCUUCUAAUGUUGCUACAAAACUUACCGACGAUACACUGGGGCAAUGAAGAAAUUGGACUCCUCCUUGCCGAAGCUUACAGACUCAAGUACAUGUUUGCAGAUGCCCCCAAUCACUACCGCCGAUAGGUGCCAGGGAUCUGCCUCUACAUCCCACCAUGCUGGCCCAAUCUCAAUCACUGUGGCAUUUCAUCACCCAUGUCCUUGGACACUCCAAACAGGAUCCAUGAUUUGCUGUAAAAAGCUCACAUCAGACUUCUGUCUUAACUUUUGGUGUGCCCGCUUGCCACUCUGUGUGUGGAUGUGCCACUCAAAGUACCAUUAGUGUUCCAUACUGUGAUGGUGGCCUGAGCUUGGCUGGGGCCUGUAAGCAUAAACUGAGCCUCUGAAUGCCCAGCCUGGGUCAUCUAAGCCUUGCAGCCUCUUGUUAACCUGUCUAAGCACAGGCACUCUUGUGUACUCCCAGCUGGGUCUAUAUUUUCUUUUCCUCCAGAUGCUGUUCAAUCAAACUCCCUAAUGAAGAUGCCUUAUAAAGAGUCCUGCCCUGGGGAUGGCAGUGCCGUUGGACACAAGAAGCUCUCAGGGCUUAGCUUUGCUCCAUGUGUCUGAAGUGCAACAUUUCAGUGGUUAACAAGAGACAUACUCUCCUCUCUUAUCUACACAUACUAUCCUGCAGCAUGUCUCUGCAUAGGAUGGUGCACACACAUGCUGAAAACGCUGUAUUGUCCACACACAGUUCAAAAUGACACAACUAAACAAGACAGGACUCCUCCUGUGACUGACUGACUGGCUGGCUGGCUGGCUGACCUGUGUGCAUUGAACUGGAGGGUGUGGGGAGCUGUGUUUCUAAGAAUUUCCUUUCCUUGACAGUGACACUCCUCCAAUGCAUUAUGUGUAUAUUGUGUUCUUGUGUAUAUGGGUAAAAGAUGUACAUUACAAGUCUUCUGUUUGUAGCAGAUAUGAUUUUAUAUUUAUAAUGUGCGUCUCUAGCGUGUAAAGGCUGCCUAGGUUACAAAUAACAGUGGGCCUCCUGCCUCCCCUGGUCGUUGGGGUUCCAGAGCUGUUGGCGCAUCUGCACUAGCUCAUUUUUCAGAUACAAGCAUUUCUUUUCUAUCAGGGAAACUUGAAUCCAGAGCAAAAUUGUAUGACCUGCAGCACCAAGGAUGUUGUAAGUUUAUAAAACUUGCUGCUGGAAUGGGGCACAUUGAACUCACUGGGAUCUGACCUGAAGAAUGCCUGCUCUCCUCAUCUGCAUGGCACAUACUCUUUGGAAAACACCUCAGCACUCUUUUCCCCUCAAGCAUUGCAGUGGUGGCUUCGACCAUUCAUGUACAUUGCUGUAGCAGUUUCUUUUGAAGAGUAAUGAGUCCCAGUCUGCAUCUCCUUGCUUUUCUAUCGCCUCAGAACCCCUUCAUUGAACUCCCCCAGUCCUCUCUCCAGGUAAUGGGGAGUGUGGAUUGAGUCGGUACAAGACUCUGAACUAUCUGGGGAAAGAGGAGGAGGGGGCUUCCAUCAUCUGUUAUAGCCCCUCUUCCCUUCCCCUCCCCCAGUUGCCUCCGUGUGAAUUUCAACAAACACAGGAGCAUGUUUUUAAUUUAAUAUUUUACUGCAGCUAUCAGGUGUAGUCUCAUUAGUGCCAAGUCUUGACCUCUCGGGGCAGAUUUGUUCCCAUGCAGCUGAGCUCCUCAGUUUGCACUGGGCUGACCUCCGCGCAUUUCAUCAGGCUUCAAACUGCACCCAGCUUGUUUUGUUUUUCCCUCUUUGGGCCACAAAAGAAAAGCAACUGAGUAGCUUUCCCUUCAGUUAUGGUACCAGGGGAGACUGGAUGCACCAGGAGGUGGGAGCCUUGUUGCCAAUCAAAGACCAAGCAGUGUCUCACGUUGCUUUCCUAACCUUGAGUUGUUUUCUCAGGCAUUCUGACUUGAUUUUCUUUUGUGUGUGUGCCUUUUGUUGUUUCCUCUGAGACAGCGACUUGGUGGUCAUUAGUUUAACAUGACUAAUUAAAAGAGAAAAACAUC